CGAACCGCGACUCGGGACACUGGCCCCCUCCCCCCCACCCCCGCUCUGUGCACGCGCGAUGGCUGGCGCCGGGGGGAUCAUUUGGGCUGGAAUUGUAGAGAUGGAUGGAUGUAUGUAUGGAUGGAUGGAUGGAUUGAUCGACGGCUCCCUCCCUACAUAACUGCCUCCCACUCCCGCCCUUUUGGAAGCUUUCAUCGUGCCCCAUCGAUCGGCUCGGGUUUGGUUUGGUUUGGUCUCGGCAGCACUCAAUCUCGACUCUCGAGCGGCUUCCGGUUUGGUCUCGGCAACACACUCAAUCUUGAGCGAAUUUCGUCCAGAAACAAAGAAAGAAGAAGAAGAAAGAAAAAGAAAAAGACAUAAGAACAGGCAGGCUCAUUCAAAGACGGUUCCAUACAACUGCGACCAUGGGUAUCGAGGAAAAAUACACGCACGACGCUGGUAGCUCGGAUCCCGAGCGCGCUCCGGACUCCGUCAAGUACGAUGAGACCACCAUGUACACUGGCAACCUGAACCCGGAUGAAUACGGGACGCUGAAGCGGGAGUUGAAGAGUCGGCAUGUACAGUUCAUCGCCAUCGGUGGAAUGAUCGGUACCGGCUUGUUCCUCGGCACCGGCGUUGCCUUGCAGAGGGCCGGCCCCUUAUCGAUAUUCUUGGCAUUCACGAUUGUUGGAACGGUGGUCUUCGCCAUGGUGCAGAGCUUGGGCGAAAUCGUAACUUGGCUGCCCAUCAGCGGUGGAUUGACAGUAUACGCUUAUCGUUACGCCGACCCGGCCCUCGGAUUUGCUAUGGGAUGGAACUACGCCUUGAGUGCGGGCGUGGUGUUGUGUGCUGAAAUAUCAGCAGCUUCGGUUAUUAUAGGAUACUGGGACGAUACCAUACACGUCGGUGUCUGGAUAGCAAUCAUAUUGAUCGUCAUAAUAGCUCUGAACAGUUUCGUCGUCGGUGGAUACGGAGAAGCAGAGUUCAUAUUUGCCAGCUUCAAGAUCAUAACAAUCAUCGGACUGCUCAUUCUAGCGCUGAUCCUUAAUUUGGGCGGAGGACCUGACAAGGACCGCAAAGGCUUCCGAUACUGGAAUAGUCCAGGAGCAAUGAAGCCCUAUCUGGCCACCGGAGACAGUGGAAGAUUCUGUGGCUUCCUGAAGAGUUUCGUCAAUGCUGUCUUCUCAUUCUUGGGAGCAGAAGUUAUCGCAGUGGCUGCCUGUGAAACGAAGCAUCCCCGAAGGAACAUUCCGAAGGCUGUUCGACGAACAUUCUGGCGCAUACUCUUCUUUUACGUCUUUGGAGUUCUAGCCAUCGGUGUGCUCGUUCCGUACAACGACCCCAGUCUCGCGAAGGCCCUCGAGGAUGGAGAAAAAGGCGCCGCUGGAUCACCAUGGGUCAUUGCGAUCAAGAAUGCGGGCAUCCAAGGCCUUCCGCACAUCAUCAAUGCGGUUAUCCUGAGCUCCGCUUGGUCUUGCGGAAACUCCUUUGCAUAUGCAGGAAGCCGAAAUCUUUAUGCGUUGGCAAUCUCCGGAAGUGCACCCAAGAUCUUCGCCAAAUGUACCAAGCGCGGUAUUCCACUCUACGCGGUGAUGGCAGUCUGCGCAUUCGGCCUGCUCUCUUUCUUAAACGUCGGCCGAAGCAGUGCGGAGGUCUUCAACUGGUUCGUCAACAUCACCACGGUCAGCGGCCUCUUCAACUGGCUCACCCUUGGUAUCUCAUACAUCCGCUUCAGCAAGGGUCUUGCAGCCCAAGGUAUCUCCCGCGACCAGUUACCGUUCAAAGGGUACUUCCAACCAUAUGCCGCGUAUUACACCGUCGGAAUGAGUGCAUUUUUCAUCCUGAUAACUGGCUUCGAUGUAUUCUUUCCUGAAAAACGCACGGCGAGGGAAUUCUUUGGGGCGUAUUCUGGAGUCUUGAUGUUCGCGAUUCCAUAUAUCUUCCACAAGCUGUAUUACAACCUCCCGGCAAUUCUGUAUGAAGAAAUGGAUUUCUUCACCGGAAAGGCCGAGGUCGAUAGGGACGAGAUCGAGAAUAUACCACCGGAGCCGAGGAACGUCUGGGAAAAAAUCUGGUCCGCGAUCGCAUAAGUGCGAGAAGGGGAAAGUCGUAGGAAAUUCAGGUAAUAUGUAGGACGGGAAAGAUGUGAUAAUUACAUAAAAUCGAAGGGUUGUUUCCGUGAUCACUCAACCGCUGGUC